AUGUCUCAGAAAAACAAGCUCAACUUCGUGGCUGAAGCUCAGAUCUGGAAGGAUCACCUUGAAACAGAACGUGAAGCUGUCCGAAAAUGGCCCAAGCGCUGGGGAUUUCUGUUGACCCCAGUUGAAGAGUUGAUAAAAGUUGAAAAGAAAGAACCCACUAAGCCUAAGAUCCGGCUUCCAGAACACUUACAGAUCCGACCUGUGACACCAGUGGAAAAAUAUAUUAAGAUCUAUCCAUCCCCGCCCGUCCCGAAAACGACCCAAGGGUUUAUCGGCUGGAGGUCUUCAGUUCCAGGCUUAGAACUCGAGCGUUAUUCUCAGAUCAGAAGCUGCAAAGGGGCCUUUUACAAGGACUUGAAAUGGCCAAAUGAACCAACUGACUGA